AUGGAUAGAUUAUCACCCGAAUACAGAGCAGGAGUUAACAAUUUUAUCAAAGUUGCUACCCAGGAUGCACGGAGAAGGAAACUAAAGAAAAUCUUGUGUCCAUGUGAAAUAUGUGUUAACCAUUGUCGUAAAACUGAAAGCCAAGUAAGAUAUGAUUUGUUCCGCUAUGGUAUUGACCAGAGCUAUACUUGUUGGACUAAACAUGGAGAGAAUGUUGAUGCUCUUCAUGAUAGUAGUUGUACUAUUAAUUUUGAAACUCAGACUUCUACAGAACAUGAGUUUGAAAAGGGUCAUAAGAACGAGAUGCUUCCUGAUGGUAAUGAAAUUCCUUCUUCUACAUAUGAAGCUAAGAAAUCCAUUAAUCCGUUAGGGUUGAACUAUGUGAAGAUACAUUACAUAGCAAGAAAAUUGAUAUGGCAUGAUCGUGAUAGAAACAAAAAUGGGUUGCUGCGUCAUCCAGCAGAUGUUGAAGCAUGGAAGGCGAUUGAUGAAAGAUACCCUGAUUUUGCUAAGGAUCCUAGAAAUAUUCGCUUAGGAGUCGUCGAAGCAUAUGAUGCCUACAAACAAGAAAGGUUUACAUUAAGGGAUGUAGUUUUGUGGACAAUAAGUGACUAUCCUGCACUCGGUAAUUUGAGUGGUUGUACUGUUGGUGGAUAUCAUGCUUGUGCAACUUGUGGUGUGCAUACACACUCCACAUGGCUCAAGUACUCUAGAAAACUUUCAUACACUGGUCAUAGAAAAUGGUUACCAUCUGGCCAUCGUUACAGAUAUCAAAUGAAUCCAUUUGAUGGCCAUCAAGAUUUCGGUUUGGCUCCUGAACCAGUGAGUGGGUUACAAAGAUUUGAAGAGGCGAAGUCAAAUGAAAAUUCAUGGGGAAAGAAAGGUAAUGGCGGUACAACAUUGGGAAAAUCAACAAGGUCGGAGUUUGAGGACGAGGAUUCAGCUAAUCUGAAGAAAUUGUCAAUUUGGGCAAAAGAGCUUGAAUACUUCAAAUACAAUCUUGUCCAACAUAAUUUUGAUCUAAUGCAUAUAGAGAAGAAUGUGUGCGAGAGUUUAGUAGGGACAUUGCUUAAUGAUCCUAAAAAAACUAAAGAUGGUUAUAAAGCUCGCAUGGACUUGAAUGAUCUGAAGAUAAGGCCUGAGUUAGAACCUGUUGUUGCAGGAAGAAGGAUGUAUCUUCCGCCUGCCUGUUACACAUUGACGAAAGAUGAGAAGGUGAAGUUUUGCAAAACAUUGUACGAGUUGAAGGUUCCACAAGGGUACAGUUCUAAUUUUAGCAGUCUCGUGUCGCUGAAAGAUCGCAAGUUAAUUGGUCUCAAAUCACAUGACUAUCAUGUUUUUAUGCAGCAAUUCUUGCCACUUGCGGUUAGAUCGAUUCUUCCGAAGAAUGUAAGAAAUACCAUCAUUAGAUUGUCAUCCUUCUUUAAGUCAAUAUGCAAAAAAGAUAUUGAUAUUGCUGAAUUGGAUAAUAUACAAAAGGACCUGGUGGAGACAUUAUGCUUACUUGAGAAUUAUUUUCUACCGUCAUUCUUUACCAUCAUGAUUCAUCUCACGGUGCAUCUAGUCAGAGAAGUGAAACUGUGUGGACCAGUCUUUACUCGAUGGAUGUAUCCAUUUGAGAGGUACAUGAAGAUUUUGAAGGGAUACAUUCGAAAUAAAAAUCGUGUUGAAGGUUGUAUUGUAAAUUGUAGCGAGUUAGAGGAAUUUUUUGAGUUUGCUGCCGAUUGGUUGUCUGGCGUGGAAACAAUUGGUAUUCCUCCUUUAAAGUGUACUGGAAAUAGUGCUUCGGAGGGUUCAAGUAUAUUGUCAGAUGGAAAACCAAUACAAGGUGCUCAUGAGGAUGAGGUCGAGAAGGAGUUGGACGACGAAGAUGACACCAUGGCAGAGGAGAAACGAAUCUCUAAAUAUCUUAGGUGGAUAUCACAGGGCCCGCAUCAUAUAGUUGUAAAGUACAAUGGAUAUGAUAUAAAUGGAUGUCGGUAUCGCACUAAAAGGCAUGAUGUAGGCGUAAACCAAAACUGUGGGGUUAGCCUAGAGGCGUCAGGAAUGCACAUUGCUAGUGCGAAGGACAGUAACCCAAAGAUUGCUACAUCGCGCUAUUAUGGAGUGAUAAAAGAGAUUUGGGUUCUUGAUUACAAGUGCGUAAAGAUACCCGUUUUCUUGUGUGAUUGGGUACACAGUGGUUAUGGUGUCAAAACUGAUGAACUUGGUUACACACUGGUCGUCCUCAACAGAUUAGGGCAUAAAAAGGAUCCUUUCAUUUUAGCUGUGCAAGCUAAUCAAGUUUUUUAUGUAGAAGAUCAAGGAGAUCCAAGGUGGUCUGUUGUUACAUCAUGCCCUUUAAAUGACUAUAUUGAUGACGAUGAUGUCGAUGAAAAUGCUGAGGAUGAGCUAAUGUUUGAGAAUCGUCGGCCAGAAGAUAAUAUGGCAGUAGAUAUGAGCUCACUUUAUGUGAACGACGAUUCCGACACUUCUUAUUUUCGCGAUGAUGGUCAGGGGAUAUAUGUUGAUCCCAGCUUUGAACAAUAA